AUGGUCGAGGUGGAGGGUGGGCGCAACAAAUGGCUGACCUUUGCUCGACACUUUGGACCCCUGGGCCUGUGCCAGCAAGCCCAGCAAUACGGCCUCGGUCUCCAGCAUCGUGGUGUCGGGGUUGUCUCGCAGCGGAGCAGCAAGAAAAAGCUUUGCUCCAGACCGGAGGAGAAGCCACUGCUGCUGGGCACUCAGUUCUCCACCUACCGAGGAUGGAGGAGUCGACCAUGGAGAGGUGGAUCAGCAGGUGGAGGAGGGUGGAGAGGUGGAGGUGGUGCUGCUGGAGGAGGAUCAGGAAACCACACCCUCAGCAGCCAGAGAGUCCUUUGUCAGGCUACUCUAGACGUACUGUGUCCGUACAAAGGAUGGACCCUGUACUUCACAGAAGGCUUCAUAGAGAGCUCACCUAGUGUGGAGAAGAUCAAAGUGUUUGAGAAAUAUUUCUCUUCCAAGAUUCAACUGUAUGACAAGGAUGAGGUUGAGCGUCAAGGCAGUGUUCUGGUGGAUUAUGCAGACUUGACUGGAGACCAAAGCGUGCGUGGGGCACUUCCUGAUCUGACCACAGAGCUGAAGGAACAGCCAGAGACAAUACUCAACUGUUUGGGUUUGGCCAUUCACCAGGUACACACACACAGUCACUACACACAUGCAUGUCAUCUGCAAGUUACAAUGUAUACGUACAAUCUAUGUGCAUAGUAUAUUAAGUACUCUUGGCAUCUUAUCCUUCAAAUUAUCUGUCACAUUAACAUUGUUUAAAAUGUAAAAGCUAGAGAACUGUGGUCGGUUGCACAGCACACGUUAAGUUACAAUUGAGGUUUACUUAAAAUAUAAUCUGUUGCACACCCUUAAGUCUUCUCCCUAAGGUGUCCUUAAAAUGUUCAGGUAGGUAUUUAAGGUUUUCUCUUAUCUUGGUCUUGGACUUAGGAAUCCCUUAAGGUUAGUUGAACCGCAUCAUGGUUUAUAGACGGUUUACAGCGAUAAACAAAGAAUACGAACGCACCCUGUGAGGAUGAGUGCUCUGAGAACUGAGGAACCCAACAGAUACACGACAGAGAACGUAGUGCACUUCUUUAAUGUUGCCGGCUUCCCAAAAGUGUGUGAGGUUAGAGGGCGAAACAACAUCAAUAUGUACAAUACCUCCAACACAGAGUGAUCAAAUACCUGACUGUGUGUGUGUGUGUGUGUGUGUGCGUGUGUGUGUGUGUGUGUGUG